UCGGCUCUGUGCUACACAUCCGGGACUCGUUCAGGGGUGUCACUCAAGCCUGCGAAGAUGGCGACGACGGGCAGAAAUACACUCCAAUCGGUUAGCACAAAUGUAAAUAACAGCACUUCCGAAAGCCAAAAUAAUGAGGAGGAUGACGGACAGAAUUUAUGGUCAUCGAUAUUGAGUGAGGUGUCGACGCGCUCCCGAUCAAAAUUGCCGUCAGGAAAGAAUGUGGUGGUUAUGGGUGAGGUGGGGUCUGGUAAGACCACCCUGGUGGCCAAACUACAAGGUGUAGAAGAGUACAUGAAGGGCCGGGGCUUAGAGUACCUGUAUUUCAGUGUUCACGAUGAUGAUAUCGAUGAUCAAGCACGGUGUAAUGCUUGGGUGCUGGAUGGGGACCUGUACCACAAAGGCCUGCAGAAAUUUGCCAUAUCGAUGGAUAACCUGGAGGACUCGCUGGUUCUAUUUGUGGUAGAUCUGUCCCGGCCCUGGCUGGCCCUCGAUUCGCUGCAGAAAUGGGGCAGUGUUGUGAGGGAUUUUGUGGACAAGCUCAGAGUUCCCCCUGAAACCAUGAGAGAGCUGGAGCACAGAUUGGUGAAGCAGUUUCAGGAAUAUGUGGAACCAGGAAGUGACCUGGACGCUGUGCCCCAGAGAAGGAAUCCUGAGUCAGAGGAAGAGAGCGUCCUGCUGCCGCUGGGAGACAAUACACUCACACACAACCUGGGCCUGCCUAUAGUGGUGGUCUGCACUAAGUGUGAUGCGAUCAGCACUUUGGAGAAGGAGCACGAUUAUAAAGAUGAGCACUUAGACUUCAUCCAGUCUCACAUUCGACGCUUCUGCUUGCAGUAUGGAGCAGCACUGCUUUACACAUCCAUGAAGGAGAACAAAAAUCUAGACUUGUUAUAUAAAUACCUCGUUCACAGGUUAUACGGCUUUCCCUUCAACAUCCCAGCUCAGGUGGUGGAGAAAGACUCUGUGUUUAUUCCAUCAGGAUGGGACAAUGAAAAAAAGAUCGCCAUCCUGCAUGAAAAUUUCCAGACUGUAAAAGCAGAUGACAACUUUGAAGAUGUAAUAGUGAAACCUCCAGUUAGAAAGUUUGUACAUGAGAAGGAGGUUCAAGCUGAAGAUGACCAAGUAUUUCUAUUAAAGUUGCAGUCUCUGUUAUCUAAACAGCCUCCAGUCACUGCAGGAAGACCCGUGGACCCAACAAACAGAGCUCCCACAGGCUCUCCAAGGACGACCAACCGUUCAGCGGCAGCUAACGUGGCAAACGUCAUGCCCAUGCAAUCAGGUACCAAGAAGAUUGAUCCCAACAUGAAAGGAGGUCAGACCAGCGAGGGCGUACUGGCUAACUUCUUCAACAGUCUGUUGACUAAGAAAGCAGGCUCACCCGGCCCGGGCGGCCAACCCACAGGAGGAGGGAGCAACACACCAGGCACAGUCCGCAAAUCAGGCUCCAAGUUGGGGUUGACAGAUGUCCAGGCUGAACUGGACCGGAUCGCCAACAAAUCCGACUUGGACUCUUCAGCCCCUAAUGCCACCACGCCCCCUGCCGAAAACGACGAAUCCUGAAUGAGAGGCGGGGAUUAUUCACUGACAAGCUCCUCCCCCUUCACACCUCCCUGAACCUGCCUCCCUUCUGCCACCUCUCCUCCCUUCAUCUCCCUCACGUUUCCUCUUGAUCUUAUUCAGAAAGGGGAUUUAUUCCUAUUUAUUCCUUGUACCGCCAGUGACUUGAAGCUGCAUGUUGGGCAAAUUGCGAUUGCUAUGUCUGUCUUCACACACGCACACAUGUACAUCGGACGGGUCCGUAAAAAAACAUAGAGACAGAGUUGUCAUAGAAAUGAAGGACACUAGAUCAGCAUUGGACACUAAAAGAGAAGUUUAGAGAUGAAAUGGGGAUGUAGAGAGAAGUCCGAAUUAGAAGGUGAAAGAGAUUUGUGACCUUAAGUGUAUCUAUAUGCAAGUUAGACUUUUCUUUGGCUUUUGGUAGUGAAUUAUCUUAUAUGAAGGAUCCUGUU